UUAAAAUUGGCAUAAUGAAAAUGGCCGCGCCCCUUGAUGGAAAAUCUGUACGUUUUCUCUUGACGAAGGAAAGAAGUUUAUCAAAGAGAGAGCUUGAAGCUGUGUACCAUGAAGCCCAUCAGUGCCUUGUAACCGGGGCCCCACCCCUCCAGUGCAUACAGAGUCUGAGGAAACUUCUCUUGGCUAUCUCCUGCACCAAACUUCACAGAGAAAUACCCAAGAGUUUACUGCGUGCAUUAUGCAUCGUAGUCCUAGGUACCAAUACCGGCCUGCCAAAGCUUGAGCCCGUCAGUCUUCUGUGCAGUGCGGUGCUUCAGGAAUAUGGCCCCACCCCUCAGCUGGAUGUGGAGUUGGGGGCGGGGCAGGCUAGCGAUCUCAGACACAUCCCCUACCUGCUUCCCGUCGUUCUAGCGCAGGGUCGCUAUUCGACUCGGCUUGAAAAGCUUGUAUCACAGAUGGUUAAAUGGGUGUCAACAGUGGGUUUUAACUCCGAGAUUCAAUGCAGAGCUCUAUCAAGUCUAGUAACCACGGCAACCCAACACAGAAAUCUACUUUCUGAUGAACAAAUCUAUGUAGUGGGCUCCCAAAUGAGCGAUUGGUUAUCUAAUGCAAGCACAAUCCAAGGAACAAAUCCUAAUUCCAAGCAGAAAUCAAGCAAACAAGAAAGUGUAACGGAGAUAGACGGUCGGGAAUGCCAGGACUACUUCACCUUACUCAGUCUCUCGUCCUACUACAGUCAAGAUCAACUCCUUAAUAUACACACUUUCUCCAGUCUACGUGCCUGGCUACUAGCCACAGCAGCUAGCCCUAGCCAGGGGCAGGAUCCCACUAGCCCUGCUGGUGGGGCAAGCAGAGGGCUGGAUGUUGGAGGAAGGGGGUUGCCCAGUUUGGGAGGAGAGGGUGUGGCAAGGGCGCCCUCUUCGGGAGGAAAGUUUGCCAACAAAGCAAGGAAAGCAAUGACUGAGAAGGCGUGCGAGUAUUGCCUUAGAGUCAUCGACCUCUGUCACAGAAGACCAAUGAAGAUUCAAGAUCAAGACCUCCUACAAGCAUGCCUUGUGGAAGCAAUAGAGACGUUGAUAGUGAUCUGCAGACUGGACACAUCUCUGGUAUCCAAGCUCUACCCGUCAAUCAAGCAAGCCCAUACAAACCUGGCAAAGAAGUGGCCGAGGGUUCAGCUAGCCAUUCUUCAGUUCUUCCUAGACUAUAGUGAAGCCUUGCAUGUGGUUUUCAAACCAGAAGAAGCCAUUGCAGAUAUGUUUGGUGACCUCAUUACAAAGUACAUGUACGAUGACACAGUGACCUUUGACAUUGUGACCUUUCUCAUCACCAAUCUCAACAAGCUUUGCCUGGAAACGGAACUUCUUGAGGAAUACUCUCCUAGUAUAUUAAGAAUUCUUGCCUGGAAUCCCCGUACAUUCUUAUCCGACUAUGUGGAGAUCUUGCCAGCUUUGAUAUCUGCGGAUACUGCCAAGGAAAUGCUUCAUCUACUACUUGACCUGCCCUGCACUUCUGCCUCACUGAUUCUAAUGAAUAGAGAGAGGCAGCUAAGACAGAACCCCUCACUCCUUGAGAUUCAGCCAGCAUUGUUGGCCUCCAUUAACAUCCUUAGGAAACCUGAACACCAACCUUGGUUCAACUACGUUCUCAGGUCGCAAUCAGGGAAGGGAGAUACUAUCAACAAGUUAGAUUUCCUCUACAAGUUGAUUGAUAACCUGGCAUCUCAUCCAAGGGUAAUGAUAUGUUCUCAAGCUAUUCCCUCACUUGUGAGACUGUACUUCAAGACUGUAUUGCAGCAUGCAGACUAUGACCUGGUCUCCGAGCUUUUACCAAUCAUUUUAGAAAGAUCAGCUAUCAUCUUCCCUAUCACUGUCUAUCAAGAUGAAAUGAGAAGGGUGUUGAGUGAUGCUCUCCUGGAGAUCUUGAGACUUCACCCAAGCUUGGUGGUUGAUCAGAGGACAGAACUCCUAGAUUUCAUAGGAGCCUUGAGGCACAUUGAUGGCAAGGAAGAUUUCUUCUCACAUGUGGUGUGGAUCAUUGGACAGUAUACCGCCUCAAUGUACGACAAACGCUGUACCAUGGAAAUCAUCACUGGUUAUUAUGAGUCCCUGGAGACAUUGCUGUAUGAAGUCUCUGUUCUGGUCCAGUCCUCUACUGAAGGUAGACCACCAUACUCUAUCAGACUCAUGGCUAUAAUGAUGACAACACUAGCCAAGCUUGCGUCAAGAUGUCAGGAUCUGAUACCAAGAGUGAUCCUGUGUCUUACCAAGAUAUCUCAACAGCAAACCAAGAGCAGAGUAGCGCAAGAUGAUAAGAAGGUCUUACUAAGCAGAGCUACAGAGCUUGUUAAUCUCCUCAAGUUACCAGAUGUUGCCUCUGCCAUCCUGAGCCCGUCAACGGAUAUCAGAGAUGGAAAGUGGCACUCUGAUGUCAACACGUCCGUUCCACUCCUUCUCAAGGCAGCUAGUCAACUUAUACAGCCACCAGCUAGUUAGUCAACAUGGACCAGCACAAAAUUGAAUACGAUCAAUUAUUACAUAAUGCAUGUACAUCCUGAGCCACAAUCGUUACGAUUGGAAGAGGAAUAGGCCUGUAAUGCUCGAGUACGCAUCACUGGUCAGUGAGAAAUGAAGCAGGUUUUCACCAGGAGGUGAAAAAAAGGUCAGGUGUAUAGGAAAGCAUCAGCAUGCAGCUGUCUAUGGUGAGACGAGAUCUGACAUCUUUGUUGACCGGCCAAUUACAUUGAGAGGACGCAAGUUUACGUGGACAGACUUCAAUCAACGAAUAUGUCUUGUUAAUGCCAUGGUUGGAGAGUUCACCUGAUGAAGUCUUAUCAAAAUUAAGGGGGGGAUCGAGGAUCAUGUAGGUGUACCACCAGCCCAAGGGACUUUCCGUUACUUGACAGGAAGGUUCUUGAAGACAUUGAAUAGGAUUUCAAUGGAAGAAAAUAGGCAACCCAAAUCAGUUCACCUACUAUGCAUGCAACAACAUUAUUCUGCUCAAUAAUCCUUUUCUUUUAAAUGUGUAAUUCCAAAAAAGAAAAACUGAAGAGAGACAAGAUUUUACAAUCUACAUCUAAGUUGUUCAUGCAGGAAAAUAGCCAUUUUAUAAAUUACGCAAAGGCUUACGUGUAUGCUGGAAUUAAUUCUGUGUUCAUAUUUAGCGUUCUCUGGGACAUUUCUGUGUCGUAUCGUAAAGUCUCUAAUAGUCUAAAAGAGGAGGCAAUAUCAUAUUAUUUUGUUCUUAAAUUUCAAACAUAUAUCGUUUAGAUUAUUUUAUGCUUAUUUUGGACUUAAGGUGGUAACAUUACAUGUAUGUGAUCUACGGUGAUCCCCUGAAGGAAUACUUUUUGAAGGAGAGUGCGUCAAAUUUUAUACUCUUUAGAGACUUUUAAGGGCAAUGUUUUGUGAAGCUUGGUCGCUUUGCUUCCUUGCAUGCUUCCUCUCAAAUUCAGAUACAGUAAUUUUCAUCACUGCCUUUUCAUAGACAUGACUGGUGUACAGUGUUAAUAGCAUCCUAGUGAAAAAAAUUAGUUUAACAUAAGUGAUACAUCUGGGCAGCAAUUUGAGAGGGAGCAGAAAACACAAAACAGAAAAGAAAAAGGGAAAUAAAAAAUCAGAAACUUUUUUAUACAAAUGGAAAAUGCGCCAGAAUUGCAGCUAUGAGGGUUUGAACUUCCACAGCUUUUCAUUGGCUCAUUUGCUUGACGAAAAUUAUAGGUCCUAUGUAUUUGAAAAUGAAUUCAAAUCUGAUACAAGUGAAGCAAUCAGCAUUGAAAAUUGGAAGUGGUGGAAUUUUUAAUGCUUGCCCAAGGCCUAGGUGUAUGCAGGAAAAAUUCCCCAUCUUACACCACCGAUAACUUUACCUUUUUUAUUCAUUUAGGACUUAGGUCAUUUUCAUUUCAUUUAUAUUAUUGGAUGACCAAACGCCAGGUCAGCAAAAGGAUCACUCUUAUUAAACUUUUCCUUGGCUUACAAGUUUGUUUUCUGUCUCUGAAUUAGUAAUCAAAUUGAUAUUAAAAGAACAUGUUAUAUGCUUUUAGGCCUUCAUUGGUAUUCAUUUGUAACUUGCAAAUGAUAAUAAUAAUAUGUAUCAUUUAUAAGGCGCCGAUGUAUCUAGUUUCUGAUUCAUAUUACCCCGGCUAUAGCUCCAGCUGCUAAAGGCGCUUGGUGCAUUCAAAGAUUUAAUC